AUGGACCAAGAGGCGGAAAAGAAGAUCAAGUCCCGCAAGCCGGGGUAUGACGGCCCAGCCGGCUCAAACGGUAAAAACACGCUCUCCGACUCGGAUGACCUGAAAACCCAGUACCAACACUUUCUGCGGCGAAGAAUCCCAUCCAUGAUUCGCGAAGAGCUCGAGACUGAGGUCGCAAAAUCUUUCAAUGACGUUGGUUCCGUGAUGCAGAGUCGCCUGUCGACCUGGAUCCGGAACUCGGCGGCGCGUUGCGCCAAAAUCUUUGAGUAUAUUCCAUCCCCGACGGAAGCGGCAGCCCAAGGCGACCCGGAAGCGGUGGUACCUAAGUCACGCGAAAGUUCGCCGAUCUCCGGUACUGCUGGCGCUGCUGGCUCUUACAAGGGCGGCGAGGGCACAAUCGAUGCCUGGCCUUUUUCUUUACCAGAAGAUCUCAGCCUUGAAUUUCAGAUUUCAGAAGAAGACUUGUCCGCUUUUGAUCAGUUCCUACAGACAGGUUUUGACUCCGCUUAUGGGUCUGGCAGUAUGGGUGGUUCUUCCUGA